AAGGAGUCGCAUGAGCGCGGAGCGGCUCUUUCGUACCAACACGGGCUCCAAAGCCCCCAGCGUGCAGCCCACGCUCAGUGUGGCGGAAGCGGAAGACCUGUUCGACGCCCUUGCGAUCCUGCAGAAUGUGGGCUCCUCGGGCCCCGCCGGUGUCUUGCGGCUGGGCAAGGCCUUCGACGUCUCCGUGGACAAGUUCUUCUCGCUGGUGCGCUUCCGGCAGCUGAUGGACCGGACCGCGUCGUGCCCCAACGACUUCUUCCAGCGCCUCGACCUGGACAAGAGCCAGAGUCUCUCGCUGAGCGAGAUCGCGCGCUUCAUCCAGAACCCGCGCAACAGCGAGGAGCGCCAGGACCCGUCCGGCACGGACGCGGGCGCUUCGGGCGCCGACCCCUCCAAGCUCGCGGAGCUCGUCUUCUCCGCGCUGGACGCGAACAGGGACGGCAAGAUCGAGUCCUGGGAGUUCCAGCAGCAGCUGGCGCUCGCCGCGCCCCCGCGCCUCUCGCUGGUGGCCCUGACGGCGCACCUGGAGAUGAAGCACGGCUUCGGGCAGUCGGGGCUCCACGGGCCGGUGGACAGGGCGUUGCUGUUCGAGUACCUGUGCAAUAGGGAAGCGCUGGACCUGGCCCCCGAGGACGUCGCGCGCUGCCUCCGCGUCGCCCGGAGCUCGAGCGCCGCAGGCAAGAGGGGUCCGCCAGCACAGGACGCCGACCUCGAGGGCACCGACGUGGACGCCUUCCUGAGGAUCCUGCCCGUCGACGCGGUCUGGGGCCUGGACCCCUACAUAGACCAGUAUUAUGCCGCCUUGGGCACCCGGGUGCUGAUGCUGGAGAGACCCCGGCGGGGAGACGCGUGCGUGCCGCGGGAGGCCCUGCUGGAGCACCGCGAGAAGGCGCCCGACGAGGCCGAGCUGCGCGCGCGGUUCGGCCAGCUGUGGGACGCCGCCGCGCUGAUGGGGAGCGCCAAGGAAAUCAAGGACGCGGGCAUCGGGAGAGUGCACGAGGAGAUUCGCGAGGGCUGCUUCAAGAGGUAUGCGGCCGCUGCCGCCGCCGUCAUGGAGUGGCGCGCGGCGCGGAUGCAGGAGGCGGGCGGCCGCUUCCUCGCCAGGCACUUCGCCGGACCCCGCUCGCUCUUCUUCAACAUCGGGGACGUGCUGGCCACGCCGUCGCACCGCCUCUACGCCGGCCAGGCGUGCGUGGUGCGGUUCCGCCUGCACGGCGGCGCCAGCUUCUGGCACCCGCAGCACCAGGUGCUCAAGAACGAGCGGGAGCCGACCGCCUGGCCUCUGCAGCAGCAGGCGCUCGGGGACACCCCGUUCGUCGGGCUCGUGCCGCGCGGGCUGAAGUUCACGACGGCCGGCGGGGGCGGAUUCUACCUCGGCAAGCAGCCCUUCAGCAUGGUGGACCCCAACCUGCGGGCCGACCUGCCCCGCGACGAGGCCAGCGGCGCCCUGGCUCACUCUGGCUGCGUCGAGAUCACCAUGCCCUCGCUGCUGAGGACGGACCGCCGUGAGGGCGCCACGCAGGGCCUGUCGGGGGAGUUCGAGCUGCGGCUCUUCUGUGCCUCCAAGAGUCGCAUCGUCGGUUCCAUCGGGGAGCCCCUGCCCGUGUGCGUGGUCCACCAGAUCAGGCCGCCACCGCUGCAGUCGGCCCAAGCGCAGUGCGAGGGCACGACGGCGACCGUCCGGUGGAGCACGCUGGACCUGGGCCCGAGCGGCCCCAGGACGACCGUGGACGCGGUCCGGCUCAGCAGGACCGGCGGGGGCGCCCCGCUCGUGCUGCUGCUCGAGCCAGACGCGACCGAGCGGGAGUUCACGGACCU